UUUCUAAAUUUUCCCACGCUGUUUUUUUUCUCCGUACUUUUAUUUUUUUAGCUAAUCAACGGUUAAUUGGGUUUGAAAAAAAAAUAAUGUCAUCUUUUAACGACGUCAGUGUCUCAUCAAAUCACGUUGAAUGCAAUGUUGGGAAUUCGAAGCGAAGGUGUGCUAGCAGUUUUGAGCCAGAAGAACAAGAAGAAGAAUUUACGCCUUCUACAAAAUUACAACGUCGACAGCCCUGCUAUGCACCUUAUCGAAAAACUUAUCAAAAUACUACCACAAAUAAAAUAACAGCUGAAAAAGGAUUAAUGCACGAUUUCAAAGGCGAUUUUUAUUAUUUACUAACAACUUUACUUGACGAGAAAUCCAGCAUUAAUUUGAAACAACUGAGUCUUAUGCAACUUGUCAGAAAGUCAGUCUCUUUGGAAUUUAGAGAUUUUUUGCGUAUACAAUCGUCACACAUGAACAGACUUUUUACUAAUCUGGCAGAGUUGACAAUUUCGCUUUCUUCUGCCUGUCUUUUAUAUUUUAUGGCUAGAGACAGAAAGGGAAUUCCGGUUUCCGAGCAAUGUAUCCGUCUGAUCGCACAGCUUCUUAAGCAGGACAAUCAACGCAUGAAAGCAGAUGAGGAAUAUAAAAAGCAUCUUGUUUUGAUCUGGUCGGUAAUGCAAGAUUGGCUUCGUUUUUGGUUAAAUAAAUCUUCAAAAAGCGUAAAAUUUGAUGUUACGGAGGAUAAUUUGUCUGUUCCCUUUCUUACUUUGGAAGCGCUUGCCUACAUUGCAUUAAAGGAGCAAAGCAAAAUGUUUAAAUCGGAAAUGUACAAUUCUGGGUGUCUUACAACUAUUGUGGCAAAAUUAGAUAAGGCUGUUCUUGAAUUGGUACACUCAAAUUCUGGAGUCUUAACAACAACAACUGCAACCGAUUCGACUAUGACAACGAGUACAAAAUUAAAAGUUGUUGAGCGUUGCUAUAGAAUUUUAGAAAAUGCUGCCGCUUUUGACACUAAAAAUCAAGUUUAUCUUGUGCAACAUAGGAAUAAUUUGCUUAUAUUCUCUUGUGCAAAAUUCCUCAAUUAUUCGCUUAACUUCAUUGAAAAUGUUCACCAAACUGAGGGAAAACAAGAAAAGAAAAAUUUGUCAUCAACUGCUCAAAAUGAUUGCAACAAAAUUUUUGAAUGUAUUUGCCUUCUUUGUCGAGUUUUAAUGAAUGUAAGCCAUGAAAGCGAGAAUGGGGCGCUCAAAAUUGGACAGGCUGCUGGUUUUCUUCAAAAUUGUCUCAAUGUUUUGGCUAAACAUUCAAAUUAUGCGCCUAAAGAAAAAUUUUUUGAUUUGGCUGUUAUGAUGUAUGGCCUUCUGGUUAAUUUGUUAGAAAAAUGUCCAGCUAAUCGACGCAAAUUUAUAAAUUUAAAAUCUGAAUUUAUUGAUAAAACUUUAAUUCUGGGACAACAAGGAGUAGAAUCUUCGUCUUUGGACAUUUUGACAAAGCUGUUCAUUCAUCAUGAUUCUGCAGCGAAGGUUAUUGACGAGGAAUUUGAUAACGAAUUGCUAAAUGAAGAACCAGCGGAUGAAGAUGGCGGUAAUGAGAAUGGUCAAGAGAAAGCGGCGAACAUGUCUCAAGACGAGGUGCUUACUGCUAUUCAGACAUUGAUGAAUAAAGCGUCAACUCAUAUGGAAGAUAGUAUGGUAGCUUCUUAUUGUUCAUUAGUCGUUGCAAUUGUUGUCGGCACAGAUAGUGUGUUAGCUAGUCAAGUCAAAGCACUUAUGCCAAACAAGGAUAUUACACAAAUGUUGGAACAAUUAGAGCGUUUCUUGGAUUUUAUGCGCAUUACGAAUUUGAAAGCGAGCACGGUUAGCAAUAUUGAAAGAGUUUUGAAUUCUUUCCAAACUGCUUCUAGUUCUUCAGUUGAUUGA